ACGCUAUAUCUAUCUUAUAUUAGAAUAAAUUUAGUGACCUAGCUAUAUUGAAUUUAGGCUAAUUGGUCGGUAACUAGCUACAUUAUCGAGUGGUUUAUUUUUUUGAAGUCAAACUUCUACAGGUGCAGUAGAGCAAAUUGGCCUAACCGUCGCGAAAUUGUGAAACACACCGGCAGUCGGCACCGACAGCCGAAAUAAGGGUGUUAUACGGAAUAACGGUUUUGUAGUUAUUAAUCACCUCAGACGAUAAGUAAACUAUUAAAUGUUACUAAAUGUUUAAUCUUAACGUGGUUAUUAUAGUGUAAUUAUAGAUACAUCAUGUUUAUAUAACAAGAAAUUAUUGACUUUAACAUUAGUGUAUCUAAGGCUUCUUCGUACUUGACUUUAGUUAAUUAUUCUUGCAAUAACAAUAGAUAUCAAUAAAAUUAAGAGGAUUGAUUAAACAUUAAUUUAAAAAUGACUACUUCUAAAGAGAAAGACUUAAGUUUAGCCAGAAAGAAUCUUGCAGCUUCAUUGGGCGAUAAUGCAAAAGUAUAUUUUGAAAAAAUGAAGCUUUGGUUUCAAAUGAAGACAACAAAGGAAGAGUUUGAUUGUGAGGCACGUAAUAUCAUGACAGAAGACCAAGUUCAUUUGCACAAUGAAUUUUUGCUUUGUUUAUUCAACAAAGUUAGAGGUUUGGCUGUAGCCAUGCCAAAUCGUAAAACAGAUAAAGAUAAGAUUGUUAAAGAAAAAAGACUUAGGCUAAAACGUAAAUAUAAAACUGAUAAAUCAAACUUUGAGCCAGCAGAUAUUUAUGCAGAGGUACUAAAUCAAACAUCAUCACCAGUUGGGGAUGAACCUAUAGGAGCAAAUAGAUCUAGUGCUCAAGAACUUGUAUUACCGGAUCGAACAUUUGUAUUAGCUAGGCUCAUGCUUGCUGCAUGGGAAAAUAACAUGGAUGGUGCAGAAGAAAAUACUGCCCAUAUUGUUAUUGCUGCAACCCAGAUUUUUGUGAAGAAUAUACUUACUGCAAUUCUAGCAAAAAGAAAAGAAUUUAGUGUAAAAGAAGGAUCAUUUAUUCAUAGCAUAGGAAAUCCUGUACCUUGUUCAUGGAAACGAAAUACAGCUUAUAUUAUUCGAUCAUCUGAUUACAGUCCUACAGAAGUAAUAGAUCCUUAUGGACAAGUUCCAGUUACAAGACAAAAUUUUGAAGAAGCUGAACAAGCGACUGCUUUUUCAUUUGCAUGUUCUUUACAAACUACAUCUGCAUCUUUGAAACCAGUUAAUAUAGCUGAUUUACAGCGUACAUUAAAGAUCCAUAAAAAUCUUAUCAGUAAUCAUACAAUCUAUGCUACAAAUAUGGAACGCUUACACACCUAUGCAACACAUCCAACAUGGGAAGAUUUAGAAGCUAGAAAUUUAUUAAGUCAAAAAUGUAAAACUUAAAAUAACAAACAAUAUUUGUAUAUAUUUGUAUAUAUGUGUAUAUAUUUGUAUAGUAUAUAUAUGUAUUUCACUAGUUGAAGUGUAUUUCAGUCGUAUUUGAUAUUUUCUGUUAUUUAAAAUAAAAUAAUU